AUGAACUUCAACAUUAGCAAGCUGUCCCUUAUGAGAGACUUUAUCAAGUGCCUUCCGUAUGCCUUUCCUCAUCCAUCCAACAGCAGGACACUGACCGUGUCCAACAGCGUGACACUGACUGUAUCCAACAGCGGGACUCUGACUGUAUCCAACAGCGGGACACUGACCGUGCCCAACAGCGGGACACUGAAGGUGUCCAACAGCGGGACACUGACCGUGCCCAACAGCGGGACACUGACCAUAUCCAACAGUGGGACACUGACCGUAUCCAAUAGCGGGACACUGACCGUAUCCAAUAGCGGGACACUGACCAUAUCCAACAGCGGGACACUGACUGUAUCCAACAGCGGGACAUUGACCGUAUCCAACAGUGGGACACUGACUGUAUCCAACAGCGGGAUGCUGACUGUGCCCAACAGCGGGACGCUGACUGUGCCCAACAGCGGGACACUGACCGUGCUCAACAGCGGGACACUAACUGUGCCCAACAGCAGGGUGCUGACCUUGCCCAACAGCGGGACACUGGCUGUGCCCAACAGUGGGACACUGACCCUGUGCAAUAGCGGGUCACCGACUGUAUAG